AUGAGCUCCCUUCGCGAAGAACCAGAGUUUGACUUCAACUUUUUGUUUGAGUACAGCCAAGGGGGAGAGUGUGGCCACAGGCCUGACAGAGGUGGGUGGUGACGAAUCUCUGGAUGGGGGUUGGUGUGUGUUCCUGAACUUGUGGUAGCUCAAACUGUUUGGGUGAUUUAUUUUGCUCUGUUUGUAUGUUUUACAUUAUGCAGUUGAGCCUAGUGUGAUUAUUUUCAUCUGUUUGUCAGAGCUGACUUAUUCACAUGCUUUUGACAUGUUUUUGGUGUGUAAAUAAUAAUACAUAGGCUACUUAGACCAUAAUAAGUAUAGGACAAUAAAUGUUUUGUAGUCCUAUUUUGCUUAGCAGAACAUUUUACAUAGGGGCAUUUAGGAUUGUAAUUUAUUAUGAUUACAGAUAUUAGAAAAUGUAAUAAUGUAGCUAUGUUUGCUUCCCUUAUUAUUGCAAGCUUUGUUAAUUGUAAAUUCGCAUAACCUUCCUUUGCUUUCUCCACCAUAAUGUGCUUUAAUGUUUGUGCCCAUAUAAAGUUUCAUACUACUGUUAAUUGCUUCAUUGAGCGCAAAAAAAAGAACUUUAUGAACUACUAGAUACAAUUAGAAUUUGACUUGCCACUGUUUCUGGAAAUAAUCUAUCAUGAACUAAUUUUAGACAGUCUAACCACGUAUUCUGUGGUGCAUGACAGGUUCAUCAUUUCAUGUGAUGUGCUGUUUGCGUAGAGUUGUGGUUAACAAAUAUAGCACACAAGCUGGAAGGGGAUUUCUCUACUCUAGUACACUGCACAACAUUUGGUUGGUAUUCAUUUGAGAUAGUAGAAUUACCAUUAUCAGACAGAAAGCCUUAUAUUGUAACAAUUGUGUAAAUGGUUAAAGUAAAUGUUCGGGGUAUAAAGAUCUUUCUUAUAUAAAAUCAUAACAGAAGGGGAGGUUUGCUCACUAAGGCAAAGAGCUGCUGCUGUUGUGUGUGUGGUGUGAAUGCUCAUUUCUGUGUGUGUGUGUGUGUGUGUGGCAGAUCAUGUGUGUAUGUACUGUAUGUACUUGUGUUUAUGUGUGCAGUAUACAUGUCUGUGUGUGUGUGAAUGUGUGCUCAACCAUUUGUAUCUGAGCAUUUAUUCUGUGUGUGUGUGAUGCCUCAGCAGCUGUAAACUCUCUGACUUAAUCACAAUCUCAGAGCAAAGCAGAGUGCUGCUGGCGUUCAACAGGGGCGAGCCCUAAUUCACUCAGUGAGUGAAGCUAUCAAUCAAAUAAAGUAUCCAUCACUGCUCUGCUGGAGGAGGUCCUAUAGUCUAGCGAGCACACAGUGGAGCUGCACAGCUCCAGAUGGACUGUUAACAAUCUGCUGAUAUCUCACAUAUUUAAUUGGACCUUGAUCAGUUCAAUAGACAUAGGGUUUAAGGGAUAAAGUGAGAAAAGGUGCAGUUUACAAAGCAUCAAAUUGUUUGUAUAGCGGCCUAUAUUUACAAUGCCCUCGUGUGUUUGUAUUUUCCAGAUGCAUAUAGCUACACUCCAAACGUCAGCCUGUCCCUGCCAUUGGGCAUGGGAAACCCCUGUCUGGCCACCCAGUACCAAACGCUGCAGUCCAGCCCCAUUAUCGCUGUGUCCUCCUGCCACCAGACAGGCUACGGUCUCCACGAUCACAACAACCACAACCCAGCCCAGGGCUACUACCCGUCCCAUGGCCUGAGGCCAAACGGGGCCCCGGCCCUGGAGAGUCCUCGCAUCGAGAUCACUGCCUACCACCAGUACCCUGAGGAGGAGGUGGAGGAGAGCAGCAGCAUGGACCACAUCGUCCACCACAAGCGGGGGGUCAACUCUAUCGUGACCCUGACGCUGCCUAAUGCUGAUGGCUACCGCGACCCCAGUUGCCUCAGCCCGGCCAGCAGCGUGUCAUCGCGUAGCUGCAACUCGGAUGCGUCGUCCUACGAGUCCGGCUUUUACAAUUAUGACAACUCACCCCAGAACUCGCCGUGGCAGUCUCCCUGCGUCUCUCCGAAAGGUUCGUCCUCUCUCCUCUCCUGCCCACACGCUCCUCUCGGCCCCCCCUCAACCUCCCCCCGCCACUCGCCAUCCACCUCCCCCCAGAUCGGGGCCCAAGCCGAAGAGGGCUGGGCGGGGCAGGGGCCCUGUGGAAGCUCCAGGCCCAACUCCCCGGCUUGCAGCGGAGGAGGUGGCGGCAUUGGCGUGGGGAAGAGGAAAUACAGCUUCAACGGCACCACCUACAGACAGCCAACCUACUCGCCCAACCAGUCGUCCACGCCUUCCCCGCGCGGCUCGCCUAGGAUCAGCGUCACAGACGACAGCUGGCUGGCCAACACCAACCAGUACACCAACUCAGCCAUCGUGGCAGCCAUCAACGCCCUCACCACCGACGGAGUGGUCGACAUGGGCGAGGGCAUCCCCGUCAAGGCCCGCAAGACCAACCUAGACCACAGUCCCACCAUGAGCCUGAAGAUGGAGCCGGGAGGAGAGGAGAUGGGCCCUGGGAGCGAGCUCCUCCAGGAGGACUACAUCUCCCGCCUGCCUUUCAAGAAGGAGAGCUACUGUGGGGGCUUCCUAGACGUGCCCCAGCACCCUUACUCCUGGUCCAAGCCAAAGCCUUACCUCAGGUAGGUGGAGAUAAAAUACUGCUGAACUGGGAAGGCUUGGGUCAAUGUAUUGUACCGUAUAAUAAUUUAUUAUCAACAGUUUAAAACAAACACAUUUUGACGUUGGCAGGGAAGUCACUUAGAACAUAAGGCAGCAUUCUUAAGUGUUUUUAGGCCUUGAAAAAGACAAUGAAGCUCAUUGAGGUGUUUACUUAUUUCAAAAGAUUUAUGGACUAACAUCCAACCCAAGGUCUACUCCUUUAGUUUCCCACAUGAAAAACAGUUCCUCCACUAUUUUGUCAUCCCACAUUUUUCUUGUCUUUUUCCAAAAUUAGACUUGUUUAUUUAUUGCAAGUGCAACAUAGUUUUUUCUUCAAAGACCACAGCGAAAGGCAGCAGUCGAAACGUAGUCGCUGUACCACUUCCAAAAGGGCUUCCCCUUUGAAGAUACAAAACAUUUCAUAAAUCAUAUUUCGCAGAGAGGAGUAGUGUAGCACAUGUGCCCUGUUACCAUAGAAACCCCCACACAAACAAUACACACUGAUAGACAUAUACACACACACAGACAGACUCCCUUCUUAACAAGGCAACCUUUUCAGUUCACGGCGACCCUUUCUCUGUUUUCUCUUUCCUGCCCUGGCACACUUUCCUGUUGGAAAUCAAAUGUUUGAUUAAGAUAAUGCAGAGACAGGAAGUGAUGGUGACAAGCCUGCUAAAGGAAACAGUUGGUGGGGUUAAUCACACAACCGGCUUCCCUGUGCUGUCUUGCCCCCCCCCCCCCCCCCCCCUCCUCUUUGGCCACUAAACAUGAUGUAAUGUUCGGCCAACACAGAUAAAGACCGAGAGGGGGGAAAUCAGUUAGUUUUGGGUCAACAAACACCCUGAAAGUUCCAAGAGGAUGCCAGAGAUUGCUUUUCAUGGCCAGCCUUUAGGUCAGGGGUUUUAUGCUUCACAGGCAUCCGGCGCAGUGAAAUAUUGUCUCGCAAAUGUUUGUUUUGGUUCAAUAUCUCCACAGUCUUCACAUGGGAAGAUAGGCUAAUUCCCUCGCGGCAUCUGAACAAUGAUAUUAUGAGUUGCCAGCUGUGACAAUUUCUGAGAUACCAUGGUCUUUCGGGUGUGUCAGACAGUUGUCUGGUUACUUGGUUACGUUGUUUAUUUAAAAAUAAAGGAUUAUGUGGGAUUCAAUUAUUUUUUUAGAAAUGUAUUUGAUGAUAGCGCUACUUGUAUUAUUGAUACCACCAAUGCACUUAGGUUAUCUACGUUAAGCAUUUAGGCAUGUUGUACCAUUGUGCUGCUGAAAUGCCUAUGCCCCCUCCUAACUCUUAGGAAAAAUAAUUAUAUCUAAAACCUAAUAGGGUUCUUUGGCUGUCCCCAUAGGAGAACCCUUUGUUGGUUCCAGGUAGAACCCUUUUGGUUCCAAGUAGAACCAUUUUGGAUUCCAUGGAACCAAAGAUGGUUUUACCUGGAACCAAAAAGGGUUCUCCUAUGGGGACAGCUGAAGAACCCUUUUGGAACCCUUUUUUCUAAGAGUCCACUUGUCGACACCUGUCACAGCAUGAUAAAAAACACACAGCAGACUAACCAGACCACAUGCUUCUUUCAUUUAGUUUUCAUCAAAAGAGCAACCAAUUAUUGCCCAGGCUUUAGGAAUUACAUACGUCAGGCUAUGACUUCAAUUGAUUAGAUUAGAGCCAAUGAUGAAAUGGAAAGGAUCAGGACAUUAUUUAACAAGGGAAACAGAGAUCUGGAUUUAAGUGAAACGGAUCCAUCUUUGUGCGUGCGUGGGUGCGGGCUUGUAGGUAGCAUGGUGGUCCUGUCUGUUUGUAUUUUAUCCAACUCCUUUCUGGUUUCGUUCAUUGUCAUGCCAAACAUAUAUGUCCAUGUAUUGAAUGAUGACUAUAGGAGAGUUGGCUACGGCUCAUACAGCUGGGACCAGGCUAUUGUGUAGAUUACUAUUUAUAUGAUUAAAUUAUAGAUACUAUCAAUAUGUUCCACAAAAUACCAAGCACUGUCUCUCUUCAUCAUAGCUCCCUGCCCGCCCUGGAUUGGCAGCUGCCAUCUUGCUCUGGCCCGUACAGUCUGCAGAUCGAGGUGCAGCCAAAGUCCCACCACCGUGCCCACUACGAAACAGAGGGCAGCCGCGGGGCAGUCAAAGCUCCGUCCGGAGGUCAUCCGGUCGUACAGGUACCUAUCUCAAUAAUGUGUGGGUGUGUGUGUGUAGGUGUGUGUGUGUGUGUGUGUGUGCACCUGUGCAUGCGUACAUGCGUGCUUUUGUUCUCUAUUAUGAAUGUCCCUUGAAGCCAGGAGUCAACCUACUGCAGUAA